UGAAACAAAACCAAAUACUCUUAGCAACAACUAUGAAACUAAACCAGCAACUCCCACUAAAGUUCAUUAAUUUUCUUAUCUUCAGAACAAUAUGAUUCUUUAUUAUCCUGUAUCAACCAAUCCAUGCAGAAUACCAGUCAAUUACACAUAUAAAUAGAAUUCCUUGCCUUGAAUCAAACCACAGAAGCCAAAUUAGUCUAUAUCGAAGCUUUAAUUUUGUUCAAAAUUAAUUUCAUUCCCAUCAAUUGAAAUCGAAAAUGCAUAGAACAUUACUUAGUUUGGCUAUGAUAGCCAUGUUGAUUUAUAUGGCUAAGGCAGCAAAUCACACUGUGGGAGCCCCAAAUGGUGGAUGGGAUCAAUUCACCGAUCUUAAAACAUGGGCUACAUCUCAAACAUUUUCCCCUGCAGAUAAUUUGUUUUUCCAGUAUGGAUCAUUCCAUAAUCUUCUUGAAGUGUCGAAGGCAGACUACGAUUCUUGCGUGACAAGCAACCCUCUAAACCCUCCUUACAUUGGCGGCUUGACAGUCAUUCCUCUCACUAAUCCGGGCAAAAGAUACUUCAUCUGUGGGAUUCCUGGACACUGCUCGGCCGGCAUGAAGGUUGAAAUUAACACGAUUGCAGCCUCUGUAUUGGCUCCGGCCGCUGCUCAGGCACCACCACAAACACUGGCCACUACUUCCUCUCUCGUCUCUCCAGUUUCCUCUCCCUCUCCUUCACCAAUAUUUAAUACUUUUCCUUCUGUGACUGCGCUUUCUCCUGCAGUAUCUUUUCCUGAUAGUACUACUCUCUCAUCGGCAACCAAGUUCAGUGUGACUAUUGGAGCUACAGUCGGAUUGGCUUUUCUCAUGGUGAUGCUUUUAAACAUGUGAAAUGUUAAAUCUGGCCUCACAAUUUGUUUUCUAAAUGUCAAUUCUUGAUUUCUAAAUGAAUUACUUAUUUUGAUUGA